UGGUAUUGUAACAAACACGGAUGGAUUUAAGUUUUUAGGUAUUUUUUUGUGUAGAUGGGAAGUUGUGUAAUCGUGUUUUCACGUGUUUACAAAGUGAAAUUGAAGUAAUCAAGGCGAAGAAUCGCAUCGAAGCAUCGCACUGUCGCAGUUUUCUGGUGGAGUGUGUGAGGUGUCCUUUGGUCUUACUGAAAAAUUAGAUGAUUUAUAAAAUUUUAUGAGAUAAGCAACAUUGAAGACACGCCAGGCGGAUUUCAAUAAUACGAAAGUUAUCUUUGAUAUAAUUUAUCGUAUAAAAAGUAUGACUAACGUUUGAAAUUCAGUACUUAUUGAGUAUCCUUGUUAAUCUCACGAUAUAUUUGUUCGCAAACAUAUAAAUUCUAACGACUUUAGAAAACAAUUAUUAGUGAUCUGACGAACUGAACAUGGCUUUGACUAAAAACGAUUGUGAAAACGAAAUCCGAUCGUGGUUAGAGGAUGUGCUAAAAGAUGAAAAUUUAAAGAACUUAUCGGUUAAACUACAAGGAAACACGGAAAAAGGAGAAGGUUACAUGGGUGAGAUAGUAUUUGUAUUGGCUGAAGGAACCACUGAUGAUCAUUUGACGAAGAAGUAUGAUCUUGUCUUGAAGUGUAGCAAACGAAGUCAAGCUUUGCGCGAAACCGUAGGGGUUAAGGAUGCCUUCAUGAUUGAAAUUUUAAUAUAUCAGAAAGUUUUGCCAUAUUUUAUCCAAUAUCAAAAAGAGAAAGGUGUCAAAGAUCCUUUUAACAGCGUACCAAAGUUUUACGGCUGUUAUAUUCAAGACGACCUGGAAGUUAUAGUUUUUGAAAAUUUGAAAACUAUGGGUUACGAACUAUGGCCCAAGAAACAGCCAUUAUCAAGAAGACACAUUGAUCUAAUAGUUACAGAAUACGCUAAAUACCAUGCGACGUCUGUAGCUGUACAAAGUGAACGACCAACGGAAUUUCAAAAAUUCAUCGGUGCUAUGCCUAAUGGUAUGAAGAAAUUUUUAGAAACAGGUGACUUUCAAACGCUUUUUGAAGCGCCUAUAAUUCAGUCGUAUGAACUGCUCAAAAAUGAUUUGGACGACAACGUGUUGUCACGAUGGAAUGGGUUCAAAAAUCAAAUUGGAACUGUUCUUCGAACUGCUGCCAAUGAGUCAACUGGACUGAAUGUAAUUGUGCAUGGUGAUGCUUGGAGCAAUAAUUUCAUGUUCCUGCAUGAGAAAGGCGAAGAGAAAAUUCCUUUGAAGGUUGCGGUUUUGGAUUGGCAAGUGACGAGGUACGCUUCUCCAAUUGUGGAUUUGUCAUACUUUUUGUUUGCUUGUCUUUCCAAAGAAGAUCUGGACGACUUGGACGAUAUUUUGCUUAUGUACCAUACAACGUUUGUAAAUCACUCGGUCCAGUUAGAAAAACCGGAUACGUUGUAUCCCUUAGAUCAAUUUUUGGCUGAGUGGAAUCAGCAUUGUAAAUAUGGCAUUUUGAUGGCCAGUUUAUUAAUGAAGAUUGUGUCUACUGAGAAAGAUGAAGUUAUGGAUAUAGCUGAAGUGGCUGAAAGUGGAGAAGAUGUUAUUAACACUUUUAUAAUUGAAAUUCGGGACAAAGAGAAUUACAAACGAAGAAUUCGACCAAUUGUAGAAUAUGUUGUUAAGCACAAUUUAAUAUAAUUUGUGUAUUUCACGUAGUAGGAAACUAUAUGUUUGAUAAAUAUAUGUCCUAGUUUUAAUAUAUCUAAUGUAACAGUA